GUAUUACUAAGAAGUGACUUUGAAUUUUAUUCAUCAUUUUAAAAAGAAGGAAACAACAGAUACAAAAUAAACAUUGAGAAAGGAAGAUGAUGUCAAAAUCUUACGUAAUGUAAUUUCCAGUAGCCAUCCCACCCAAUCGGUGUACUAAACGAAAACAUAAGAUAUAGUCUCAUAGCAGUUAAGACUUGAGCGAAAAUCUCCGACAUCGGCAGUCUAGAACUUACAAUCGAAGAGAUGAAGCGGCUAAUUACGACGGUAAUUUGUGCGCUGUUAGUGUGCACCAACUUAGCGUCCAGUGCAGCAGUUGAUAACCAUGACCACAAUAAAGUAGUUUGCUUUUGGAACUCUACUUCUUUUCUGAGGGAUGGUCCAGGAAAAUUCAAAGUAGAUGACCUUCGACCAGCUCUGUCACUAUGUACACAUUUGGUCUACGGAUUUGCUGGCUUGGAUGAUACCAGCUUCGAAGUGAAACCACUCAAUCCAAAUCUUGAUACAGGGGCUGGAUAUGGAUUUUAUCGUCUAGUACCUCAGCUUAAACGUCAAUUUCCCGAGCUUAAAGUUUACUUGAGUGUAGGCGGCAAUGCAGAUCCCUACGAAGAAACUCACAAGUAUCUUACUUUAACCGAAACAACGAAUGGCAGAAACAAAUUUAUCAGUUCAGUAAACCGUUUGCUAGCUGAUUAUGAAUUUGACGGAAUCGAUUUGGCUUGGCAAUUCCCCCCUGCCAAAGUAAAGAAAAAUCGUGGAACUUUGGGCUCGUUCUGGCAUGGACUGAAAAAAACCUUUGGCUAUGGUCAGUUCAAGGACGAUAAAGAAAAGGAACAUAUGGAAGGUUUCACGGUUUUGGUUAAGGACCUCAAGAGUCAAUUGAAAACCAAAAAUAAGGCACUUACACUUACUGUUCUUCCUCAUGUCAACAGCAGCGUCUACUACAACGCAAAGGCUUUGGCUCCUCAUCUGGAUGCCGUCCACUUGUUCGCUUUUGACCAGAGCAAUCCCGAAAGAACCCCGAAGAAGGCCGACUACCCAGCUCCAAUUUACGAUAGUUACGGAAGAGUACCCGAUGAGAACAUCGACUACCAAUCCAAAUAUUGGCUGAACAACGGUAUGCCCGGAACCAAAGUUGUCAUUGGCAUCCCAACGUUCGCGCGUACAUGGAAAUUGACGGCCGAGAGCGAGGCAGCUGGUGUUCCACCGGUAACCGCCGAGGGCCCCGGAGUCGAAGGACCUCACACGAAAAUCCCCGGCAUCAUGUCCUACGCCGAGGUCUGCUCUCGAUUGACCGAGGCAGCCGUCGGUAAAGUACGACGAGUCAACGACCCGUCCAAGAAAUACGGACCCUACGCGUUCACGCCCUACGACGCCAAGUCCGGACGCGAAGGACUCUGGCUCGGUUUCGAAGAUCCCGACACGGCGGCGGUCAAGGCUGAAUUCGUCAAGACCAAAUUGCUCGGUGGAGUCGCCCUUUACGAUCUGUCCCUGGACGAUUUCCGAGGCGUUUGCAAUGGCGACAAAUUCCCCAUUGUCAAAGCAGCCAAAUACAAAUUGUAAAUGACACCGGCACGGAUGAUAAUCUCGUUCGCACUUGCUGGAAUUAUGUGAUGCAGUUUUCAUGUUAGUUUAUUUGCAAGCAUGUAAAAUUUAUAAAAUUUAAUUUUCACCGCUUCUGUCUACCGUCCCAGGCCAUGGGAUGCAUAAAAAACAAAUCAUUUUUUAAAUAAACGAAUAUUCACAGUAAA